CUCUGUCGCGGCGGCUCAGAUCGCGGCUGCGGCGGGCGCGGGCGGCGCAGCUCCCUCCUGGCUGCCGUGGGACCUCACCUGCUCGCCCGCGGAGGACAGGGACGCCGGCCCGCAGCCCGGUCGGCCCCGCGAUGAGGACGCGGGGGCUCGGCGAGAGACUGUGAGCGCCCAUCCCCGACCAGACCGCACCGCACCGCCGCAGGCAGCAGGUCGGUCGCUCCGAGGCGGAUCCAUGCCGUGACCGCGACACCCGGCCCCCAACCAGCCAGCAUGCCGUGGGACGCGCUGCCCGGGAGCGGCGCUGACGGGGGCCCCGAGGGCGCGGGCGCGGCACGCUCGAGGGCGCAGAAGCAGUGCCGAAAGUCGUCGUUCGCCUUCUACCAGGCCGUCCGCGACCUGCUGCCCGUCUGGCUGCUCGAGGACAUGCGCGCCAGCGAGGCCUUCCACUGGGACGAGCGUGGGCGCGCGGCCGCCUUCUCGCCGUCGGAGGCGCUGCUCUACGCCCUCGUGCACGACCACCAGGCCUACGCCCACCACCUGCUGGCCACCUUCCCGCGCCGCGCGCUCGCGCCGCCCAGCGCCGGCUUCCGCUGCUGCGCCAUGCCCGGGCCGCACGUGGCGCUGGCCGUCCGCUACAACCGCGUGGGCAUCCUGCGUCGCAUCCUGCGCACCGUGCGAGACUUCCCGGCCGACGAGCGUGUGCGACUGCUAGACCGGCGCGGCUGUGGCCGCGUAGAGGGCGGUGGGACAUCUCUGCACGUUGCCUGCGAGCUGGCGCGGCCCGAGUGCCUCUUCCUGCUGCUGGGCCACGGCGCCUCGCCGGGCCUGCGCGACGGCGGUGGUCUUACGCCGCUCGAGGUCCUGCUGCGCCAGCUGGGGCGCGACACGCCGGGUACUGCCGCCGCCGGGGAGCCGUGCCAGCGCCGCCUGCAGCUGCUCGACCUCCUGGUGCUGUACACCCCCGCUGGCGCCGCCGGCCAGGCCCGUCGAGAGCUGCUGGGCGACCGGCCGCGCUGGCAGCGGCUGCUGGGCGAGGACAAGUUCCAGUGGCUGGCGGGGCUGGCGCCGCCCUCGCUUUUUGUGCGCGCCAUGCAGGUGCUGGUCACCGCUAUCUCGCCCUGCCGCUUCCCCGAGGCCCUGGACGAGCUGCCUCUGCCGCCCUUCCUGCAGCCCCUGGACCUCACAGGCAAGGGCUAAGCCUCCAUGGCCCGGGGCGGAGCUGGCUUCCAGAACGCUGUACCUGGCACUUUACAUAUAUUGUCUCCGCAGAGGA